AAAAGGUGACAUCGUUUCCUUGAUUUUCAAGAAUCUCUUUUUCUCUCCAUUCAAAGAAAAAUAUAAAAAGAAUCUUUCUUUUUUUCUUUCUCUAUUUCUUUCUCCUUCACCCUUCUCCAAAUCAUUCAUUCUUCUUCCACGCUUCCGACCCAGUUUGAGUGAUUAUGGCGUCGAAACGAAUCUUGAAGGAGCUCAAGGAUUUGCAGAAGGACCCUCCAACUUCAUGCAGUGCAGGUCCUGUGGCUGAGGACAUGUUCCACUGGCAAGCCACAAUCAUGGGACCGGCUGAUAGCCCAUAUACUGGUGGUGUGUUCCUGGUAUCAAUUCAUUUUCCUCCUGACUAUCCCUUCAAGCCACCAAAGGUUGCUUUUAGGACCAAGGUGUUCCACCCAAACAUCAACAGUAAUGGCAGUAUAUGUCUCGACAUUCUGAAGGAACAGUGGAGCCCAGCUUUAACCAUUUCCAAGGUCCUUUUGUCAAUUUGCUCGUUGUUGACAGACCCCAACCCCGAUGAUCCACUUGUUCCUGAAAUUGCACACAUGUACAAGACCGACAGGGCCAAGUAUGAAGCCACAGCUCGCAGCUGGACACAGAAGUAUGCCAUGGGAUGAUCAUGUUUGCCCUAGCUGUUCAAUAAGAGCAGCCAUGUCAUAAUUUAUGUAAAAGAGCAAAAUAUAUUUUGAAUGAAUUUUAAUGCCAUCUUUAUUGUUUAGUGGAACUUGAAGCUGGUAAGGGACCCACCCAUUUAUCAAUUGUGAAUAUUGCAUUGUAAGACACUUGUUAUUGAGGAAACUGUAAUGUUGUGCAAUCUUUGUGCUUGUUGACCUGGUAUUCCUAGCUAGGAAAUAUCUUAUUAUUUGGAUUGUGUUGUAGAUCUUGGUCGUUGAUGAAAGAUUAGACGACUUGUAUUUUGAUAUACAUUUUGAAGUUGA